AUGUGUGGACCCCAGGGGGUGGUGGGAGGUGUGCCUCAAGGCGCGGCAUCGUUGGUUCGUGCAAGAGAGGGUGGCUCUGCAGAGCUGAGCUGCAAUCUCACUCCUACAUCCAAAGAAGCCACCACCCCAAACCUCUUUCCUCUGCAUGUGGUGGAGUGGGUGCGCCUCGGUUACAACGUUCCCAUCCUCAUCAAAUUUGGGGUGUAUGCUCCUCGUGUUCAUCCAAACUAUAAGGGCCGUGUUUCUCUGACCCGUGGUGCCUCUCUGCUGGUCGAGCGACUGACCCUGGAGGAUGAGGGCUGGUUCGAGUGCCGCAUCCUGCUCCUGGACAGGGAAAAAGAUGACUUUCGAAACGGCACGUGGACCUUCCUCUCCAUCACAGCUCCACCUGUGUUUAUCAAGACACCACCAACUUUCGUGGAGGUUCUGCUCGGAGACUCACUGACUCUCAGCUGUGGAGCCCACGGCAACCCUCGACCAACUGUUGUCUGGCAUAAAGAUGAGAGCCGCAUUGAGAAACAUGAAAAAAUAAAAGUACUCAAUGGCACCUUGUCUUUGGCCUCAGUCACAAGAAAUAUUUCAGGAGUGUACAAAUGUCACGUGUCCAACUCAGAGGGGAACCUGACCCACUCUACGCAGCUGCAGGUCAAAGGACCUCCAAUCAUCAUCAUCUCCCCAGAGGACACCACUCUCAACAUGUCCCAGGAUGCAGUUCUGCAGUGUCAGGCUGACGCCUACCCUUCUAACCUCACCUACGAGUGGCUGAAACAAGGACAGAAUGUUUACCAUAUUGAGUCUCUAAAGUCCAGAGUAAAGGUUUUGGUGGAUGGGACUCUUCUUAUUCCAAAUCUCAUCCCAGAGGAUGCUGGAAACUACACCUGUAUCCCAACAAAUGGGUUACUCACCCCGCCCUCAGCCUCUGCACGCCUGAAAGUGAAACACCCUGCACGUGUGGUGAGAAUGUCCCGGGAAACGUACUUACCUGCGGGCAUGGAGGGGGUCAUUACCUGCCCUGUUCAGGCUGAUCCCCCUGUGCUGUAUGUCAAUUGGACCAAAGAUGGGAAUGAUUUGAAUCUUGACAACUACCCAGGUUGGAUGGUGAACUCCGAGGGCUCCGUUUUUAUAGCAACAGCCAAUGACAAUGCUGUAGGGAUGUACACGUGUACGGCCUAUAACAGUUAUGGCACCAUGGGAAAGUCUGAACCCACUAAGGUCAUACUGCAGGACCCUCCAUCAUUCCGAGUGCCUCCUCGGCCCGAGUAUCUCCAGGAGGUGGGCAGGGAGUUGAUCAUCCCCUGCGAAGCCAUUGGCGACCCCGCUCCAAACAUAACCUGGAGCAAGAUUGGCCCUACUCCUCGCUCUCAGUACACUGUGUUGGCAAAUGGCUCCCUGCUGCUGCAGCCGCUCAGUAAAGAUCACCAGGGGGGCUGGGAGUGUUUGGCCACUAAUCGCGUAGCCACAGUCAGUGCAGGCACCGUGGUCAUGGUGCUGGGCACCAGUCCUCAUGCCGUGUCCUCAGUAUCUGUCAUCACAGAGAUGAACCAGGCAAACGUGUCCUGGGUGCCUGGUUUUGAUGGUGGAUACACCCAGAAGUUUACUGUAUGGGUCAAGCAGGCAUCCAGAGGGAAACAUGAAUGGGCGUCUUUACCUGUGCCGACAUCCAAAACCUACCUGCUGGUGACCGGGCUGCUUGCGGGCACCGGCUACCAGUUCAGCGUCCUACCUCAGAAUAAACUCGGCUCUGGACCUUUCAGUGAAAUUGUUUCUGUGCGAACACAAGCUGUGCCAACAGAAGCACCUACAGUCGUCACUACUCUCCCAGUCCUGGAUCCUCCCAUAUUCCUGACAGCCAACCAGACUGACCAAGGUGUUUUCCUUCAGUGGUUGCCUCCUGAAGCUCCAUCCUCUCCACUGACAGGAUAUGUGCUGCAGGCCCGCAGGGAUCAGGGUCAGUGGGUCAUCCUCGACAGCAACAUCAGUGCCAAUCAGAGUGAACUUCUUGUACAAGGACUGUUAAGGGACUCCAGUUACGAUCUGAGGCUGAUGUCUCGCAGUAACAAAAUACUCAGUGAACCCAGCGAGUCUGUCAAUGUUUCCACGAUAGGGAUGGAGAUUUACCCCCUGCGCCCAAGCCUCUUGGAGUUCAUCCCUGAGCCCCUGCUGGCUGGUGUGUUAGGAGGAGUGUGCUUUCUGUUCGUGGCCAUCAUCCUCUCGCUGGUGACCGCGUGCUACAUGAGUCAAAGGAGACAGCGUAGGCGCAGAAAGAGAAGACAAGAUCUCCCAUCUGUCCUCCACAAGAGCUCAUCUCCAGAAGCUCGCUCACCUCCUCGCAGCCCAGACAGCGUCCUAAAGCUAAAGCUGUGUCCCCCACUUCCCUUCUUCCCCAACUCCUCCUCCUCACAGUCCGAUCGCUCGUCCUUUGAUAAAGGCAGCCGUGGAGAGUACCAAGACCAGAGGAAACAGCUCCUGUCCAACUCGUCUCCUCCACCACAUUACACGCUCUUUGAGAGUCACCUGGGCUCUCAGGCUCCCUCGCCAACUGCUCUGGAGUCCAUCUCAAGAGGCCCCGAUGGACGCUUCAUUGUCCAACCACUGCUGGAGAAUUCCAGUCCCUCCAAUAAGAAAAACUUGAGGAAAGAGGUCCUGCAAAGUAAUGGUGGUGCAAGCGGCUUGGGGAGCAACAGGACAUCAUUCAGGGACUCUCCAAAGUCAAGUAUCUUGAGCUCGGAGAAAGACGAGAGGAAGGAUUCUCCUCUCACUGUGGACGUCCCAGAGCUGAACAGACCUCCCUCCUCCCCUGGAAGAGUACGAGCCAUGGCCAGGAACUUCUCCCGACACGGCUGCUUUUAUUCUGACGACGAACAAGGCUCAGAGGCUUUAUUGGAAAGAGCCAGCUUCUAUUCAGACAACAGUGAGAAAAAACCCAGUGACUCUCUAAGGAGGUACCGCAUGCCGGGCCACACUGAAGAUCUGUUACCGAGUUUAGGGAGGAGAACAAAGCUGCUGGAUAGAGACAGAGACAGACCACCCAAUUCUGGCUACCAGCCUAUGGAGAGUCAGCUGACUAACAACAGCACCGUGGUCUCACAACUUGACAGUGAGCUGGAGAGGGAUAGUAUUAACAAGUGUGUCCAGCUGGCAAAGGAGAGGGAAGAAAUGGAGAGGGAGCUGGAGAGCUACACAGCCGAUCAAAGAAGUCGAGGUCGUGGGAGAGACGAGCAACAUUCAGAUAAGACAAAAAGCCCUCAAAGGGACUCACCCAGGACAGAGGAAGAGCCUGUAUGGAAGCCACAAGAUGUCACCAUCAGACAGAAACACGGGCCAUCAGGUCAGACGAGUCGGGUGUCUGACUAUAGGAGGGCGUGCUAUUUUGGGAACACCAGCAGUCCCAUGGACCGGCUCCCUGCGACUCGCAUACAGUGGGACAUUAGCCCUGUGACAUCGGUCACUAGCCUCAUUCCUGUACAGAGCCGCCGGGAGACCACACCGCCCAGGUCACAGCAUCUGCGCACAUGUAGAGAAACCACGGAGGACUCUCUUGCUAUUAAUUCAUCCCGCUCCCCGGUCACCCAGAACACCUCCCUCCCUUUACUCUCCCCUGACGUCACCUCAGAAAGCCCCCCUGUGCUGCGUCUGGAGACACCAGACAGAGCCAGGUCAUUGAGUCCUCAGAGUGAGCCAGAUAGGUGCAGGAGGUCUGAACAGGGCUUAAGGGAAAAGACACAGGACGGAGGUGUUGCUUCAAGGUCCAGACAUUCAUAUGCUUAUGCAGGCACUCGGCACUGGGAUUCAGCUACCAGAGGUCCUUCAGGUGACAGUGAGAGGCCUGAAAGUUCAGCCUCUACACCACAUAAUCAGGCUGCAAAACUCCACACAGCCACAAGGGAUCCUAGUCCAUCUAGUUAUUCUACCAUGCCCUACGAACAUCAUGACGUAGGGGCAAAGGCCAAAGAAAAAGCCACUCAGGCCCAGGAUGACCGACGGAGUUCGGGGUUUUACUCCGAGUUUGAGAGAGAGGGUGUGCGAACGCGCUCCAGGAGAAGUGACAAAUGUCUCUUCUCUGACAGUCCAAGCCCUAUUUCAACACUGACACUUGUAGAAGAGGUUGAGAGUGACCAGUCCCAAUUUUCUGUCCCUGGUAUGUCGGGGUCCUUCAAAGCCAAGCCUGCAGCUCCCCAAAUGUCCCCACUGCAGACAAGUGCAAUUCUUGAAUACCUGAGUCUUCCAGGUUUCAUUGAAAUGAGCGUGGACGAGCCUGUGGAAGACGCUGCAGUCACCGACACUGCUGGACAAGCUUCAGAAUUAAAGCCAGAAAAUUCCCCAGGGACUAAGCCGGAUGUAGUUCCUCGAAACUGGGAGGUUCAUGUUCAGGAAAACCAGGAAACACACUCGGACCAGCAUUCUGCAGGUGCUGCAGAGGCCAGCUUUUAUGCUGGUAAAAAACAAGGCCAUAAACGCUCCCACCAUGUGGAAUCUAGAGAUUCUUCUCAUAGAGUAAGAUUUCCAGAUGAGACGAAACCACCAUCGCCCGGGCCAGAAAAAACUAGCAAGCAGCUCUAUAAUGAAAAAACACAAAUCCGAGUUGGCAACAAAAGCACAGACAGACCUGAAUCCAGACUGGGCUCCAGGUCGGCUCACAUGUUGUUUAGUGCAGCUAAAGGCAUGGCAGAUAUCGUGUCAAAACACUCCCAGAGUUCUGUAGACAGUAGUGAGUCUUUAUCAGAGCAAUCCCAAAGACAAGCUUCUCAGGGCAGCAGGACUAAUAACAUUGCAUCACGAAUAUGUCAAGCCCCUGUGCCAUUUCUAAAGAAGUCCUUAAGCAUUGGCCCUUGUAGGACGCUUUCAGGUAUGGGACAGCCUCGUCCUUUCCUAAAGAAAUCCAUCAGUUUAGGCUCGCAGAGGUGGGAGCACUUUGAGAGUCCGAGGACAUAUAUUUCUGAGAAAUGUUACUGGGACGAGUUCCCAAACCCAGAUGUCAGGGUGAAGUCCUACAGUUUAGGUCGUAGUCCGUCUUCUCUUCCCAGGCCAGGCCCCUCCUGGAGGGAGUAUGCCCCGUUCAGACGCCCCAGUAUGGGGAGCUUAGAGAGGCCUCACCACGCACAGAGAUCUUUAGCUAGUCCUUCCUACCUCACCCACUCCAUGUACCCACCCAGACAAACCUCAAUGUCCCCGAUGCUGGAACCCUCCGAUCCCCGACGACAAGCCACUGUUUUCCCAGAGUCCUCUAGGUGGUCUCCUUCUUAUGAAGUCACUGUGAGGUCUGCCCCCCAUAAAUAUGUCCCCAUACCCUCCUCUAUCCCUGUGCCCCAGUACCAACACUGGCCAGGAACCAGAGGGGAAAACAUGAGACCAAUGGACCCCACCAGGGGCCCUCCGAGGUCCUACCUGCCCCGCGGCAUCAGCUGGCCCUCACCUUACUACGCCCCCUUCCCGCCCAGAGAGGCAGAGAGUUAUAGACAGCCAGACAGGAUGAUGAGGAGGGGAGCGGAGACAGAUUUUCGGGAGGCUAGAGAGGCCAGGGAGGGAGGGAGGACCAGUUAUGCCAGUCAAAGCAGUGGUCGAGGGAGCGCUGGUCUCUUCCGACAGUCCCUGUCCAUCACUCCCACACUGCUCAGCUCCCCAGAAACCACGGAGGAAAGCGAGUGGCACCGAGCUGAGACGGAGCUGCCUGAGCGGAGAGCGAAAAGGUGAAACACCCCCACAGCCGGACAGUAACAACACUGGAGUGUCUUCUCGGCAGAGGGAUUUAUUUAUGUUGCCAAAAUAACAUUCAUUUUGUUUUUGUUCCUUGUUUGUGAUAACUGUUAUCUGACCGUUUGUUUUGUGUAUCUCAUUAGAAGGAACACAUCCGUAGAUGAGAGUUAUGAGUGGGACUCUGCUGAUGCGUGUGUGGACUCGGAGGUCCUGGAGGCCAUGAGGUUCGAUCAGUCACAAAAGGGUUAUCGGAGAGGCAGGGGGGAGCUCAGACAUGAUCAAACUAGCGGCCUCCAGGACCAGCGACAGAAAGGCCCGUCUCCCCCAGUCAGCCCGCCAGUUUCCAUCCCACCGCGCUGCCAGUACAGCCGCUCCCUAAGCGAGGCGCGUUUCAACGCUCUCCGCCAAGAGUACCAAGAGUACAGGCAGGCUCAGGAAUCCAUCUGUUCCCGUGAGCCCUGCCUCACCCCUGGCCAUGAUUCAGACUCUGACUCCGGCUCAGCGCUGCUCUAGCAGCUUAACUCGGUAUAUCCAAGACAGAAACCAAAAAGCAGUUUUAAUGAACAGACGACAGCACUGUGGUCCUGGACACUGUUACACCUCACUGGA